CAGAGCGAGCGCUUGUCCACAUGGGCUAGAAACUCCCCGGGAGCGCAGGUCCUUUUCUUUCCGUGGGAAUAUGUAACUGUUGUGAACGUAUGUGGGAAUAUGGCGGUAAAACCUUCACUGCGGAGAUCCUUCAGCGAGCACGUGAAAGACUCCACCAACAAGGCUUGGGAUGUCUUCUGGAGGGGCGUGAGGGAGCGGCGGCUGUGGGAGAUUGAAGCCAAGGAGGCCUGUGAUUGGCUGCGAGCGGCCGGCUUCCCUCAGUAUGUGCAAUUAUUCAAAGACUGCAGGUUCCCCAUCGAUGUCGAGUGGGCGAAACGCGAUCACCACUUCCUGGAUGAGGAUGCCCUCGACUCACUGUGCAGGAGAUUAAGCACUUUAAACAAAUGUGUGGAGAUGAGGCUGGAGCCGCGGAGAUCAAAACGGAGGGGAGACGACUGUGACGAAGAAGAUUUCUGUGCCAUCAGCCCCAACUGGACCUACGACAGGCGGACACGACGAUGGCGUCGCCUCAAGUCGACGGCGGACGUCCUCCUUCUGUCCGACAGCCCGGCCGGACCCCAGGACGUGUCUCUGUGUGAUGUCAGCGACCACCAUGACGUCUGCUCCAUCCACAGCUCCAGCAGCACCGAGAGCGAAGGCCACGACAGAAAACACAAGAGCCACAGAGACGCCGCGACCACCUCCGCGACUGCUACUGCCAGCACCACGGACGACCAGGAGACCAGCAGGAGCUCGUCCCGCUGCUCCUCCUCCAACAAGACGUCCCUGGACACUUCGUUCAGUGGACCGCCCUCCCCCUGUGGAAGUGGUGGAGGGUCAUCCAGCAUGAUUCAGGAGGCCGAAGGCUGCUUCCCGGACAAACCGCCCAGGAAGAAGGGCACCAGUUUGCUGAAGAAGAUGGAGCGACUGAGGCUGAGGGGAUCGACCGGCCUCCUCGCUCCUGCUCACAGCGGUGGCAGCAGCAGCAGGAGUCAUCGUGCUGUCAGCAGGCCGGUUCUGGGCCCGGAGGAGGAGAGGAUGGAGAGGCUGCACUGCCCAGCAAGUCUGCAGGUUCGACCCGACAGCCGGGAGUCUUCCUCACCUUCGUCUACUCACACCAUCAGCAGCAGCAGCAGUAACAGCCAAUCAGAGAGCAGUAGCACUGUCAGCACGCCCAGCCCGGUCACGCGGGUCAGGAGUAACUGCAAACGCUCCAACAGUGGUGUUGGGGUCGGCGGUGGAACGACCCGGAACAAUCAGAACCACCCAGGGACUGAGAACUACAGGAACCAGAUCAACAACAACAACAACAGCCUCCACGAGAGUCUGGUCUUCCAGAUCCCCCACGGACACAAACCGGGGACCUUCCCCACCUCCCUCGCACACAAACACGCCAUCCUGUCCCCCAUCAUCGACAACACCAACGUCAACUGGAGGACCGGGAGCUUCCACGGUUUCCGGGGGCGACACAGCGUCCGACGUGGCGCGUCCUCGCUGGCCGUCAGUGACCAGGACCCCUCGUCUUCCUCCUGCUGUGACGUCCCGAGUCCGCUCGCCUUGCUGGAACACCGGCUCAGCGUCUACGACAACGUGCCCGAUGACCAGCAGCUGUCUGGGAGUGACGGCGGCAGCGGAGGGAGCGUCAGCGAUGCAGAACGGAUGGGAGAGGAGUCGGAGGUGAGUCGCCUGUUGGCAGGUGAAGAUGUGUUCUCGGCUCUGGACAGCGUUUUGGAGAGAAUCAGCGACCUCCAACAACUCGUCUCCACCUGGUCUGAGAAUCUGUCUGAGGACGACUUUCAGAGAGGUUCGUCCUCCUCCUCCUCCUCCUCCUCCUCCUCCUCCUCCUCCUCUGCGUCUCCCCCUUCUUCCUCCCAGGACUCACCUGCCCACGGCUCCUCCGCCGCCUCCCCUCGCCCCUCCUCCCCCAGCCACAUCCACCUGGAGGUGCAGCAUCCGGAGGAGACGGGGGAGGAGGAGAGCGGAGAGAAGGUACCGCUGAACGGCGAGGAGCCGGAGACGACAUCGCCUCAACCCAGGAGCAGCAGAGUGAGCCAGCAGCUGCACUGGUCCAGUGAACAGAGCCUGCCCUCCCUUCCCACCAGUCCAGGAGUGGAGAACCAGUCCGUCUCCCAGUUCCUCCUGCUGCAGAAACUCUCGCUGCUCAAACUCACCGCUCUCAUGGACAAAUACUCCCCGUCCAGCAAGCAGGGCUGGAACUGGACUGUUCCUAAACCUCCGAGGAAGACCAAGGUGACGGAGGUGAAAGGUCGGCGGGUCUUCGGGGUCCCUCUGCUGGUCAGCGUGCAGCAGACAGGAGGACCUCUUCCUCCCAGCAUCCUCAGAGCGCUGGUCUACCUGAGGACCGAGUGUUUGGACCAGGUCGGUCUUUUCCGGAAGUCAGGGGUGAAGUCUCGGAUCCAGUACCUCCGUGAGCUGGUGGAGUCGGACCCAGACGGCGUUUCAUACGACGGUCAGUCGGCCUUCGACGUGGCCGACAUGGUGAAGCAGUUCUUCAGAGACCUGCCGGAGCCUGUCUUCACCAGCAAGCUCUGCGAGUCCUUCCUGCACAUUUACCAAUAUUUUCCAAAGGAUCAGCAGCUGGUUGCAGCUCAGGCGGCCAUCUUGCUGCUUCCUGACGAGAACAGGGAGGCGCUGCGGACGCUGCUGUUCUUCCUGCGGGACGUGGUGGCCUGCGUGGACGAGAAUCAAAUGACCCCGACCAACAUCGCCGUUUGUCUGGCGCCGUCGCUUUUCCACCUCAACACCCUGAAGAGAGACGCCAACGCACCGAGGUCCAGUCACAGGAAGUACAGCCUGGGACGUCCGGACCAGCGGGACCUGAGCGAGAACCUGGCGGCCACGCAGGGCCUCGCCAACAUGAUCACCGAGGCCCAGAGACUCUUCCAGCUUCCAGAGUUCUGGCCCGGUCAGAGUUUAAGUCCCGCCAGCCCCCCUGAUGACUCCCCCUCUGAGGAGGGAGGAGGCCCGGUGUCCCCCGCUCAGAGUGGAGGUGAGGAGGAGAUGGAGGAGAAAAGGAGCAAACUGCAGCUGAGCACCCAGCACCUCCUGAAGGAGGCCCGGGAGAAGAGCCGAGGCUGGGAGAGCCACCCGGCCCCGGAGCUGGUGGAGCUGAGCUUCAAGAAGAUGGACGACGGCUGCCCGCUGUGGAUGUGGCGCGGCUCCGUGGAGGUGGAGGCCCCGCAGAAGGAGCUGCUCCACCGGCUGCUGAGGGAGCAGAAGCUGUGGGAGGGAGGCCUACGUCAGGCCACCGUCGUCCAGACCUUGUCCAAGGACGCCGAAGUCUACCGCUGCCUCCUCCAGGGCCAGGGCCACGGCCUGGGCAGCCGCCCCCCACAGGAGCACCUGCUGCUCAGGACGUGGCAGGCCGACCCGUCCUCCGGUCCUCUGUACCUGUCCUCUGUGUCCACGGAGCACCCUGAGGUGCUGUCGGAGGGGCUGAGGGCCCACGUCCACGCCUGCCUCUACCUGCUGGAGCCCACCGGAGUGAGGAAGACCCGACUGACCCACCUCUGUCGGACAGAUACCAGGGGCCGGUCUCAGGAGUGGCACAGCAGAGUGAGCGGACGUCUUCUGGCCUCCGGUCUGCUGGCGAUCCGGGACACCUUCAGACCAGAACACAAAGAGACCAAGAUAUGAGCGGCCGUACAGAUAAUGAGGAGAACUCGGAGCAGAACUUUGGGACAAACUACAGCAUCGGUUUUUUUUCAGAGGACUUUCUCACAAGUUCUUCAAACCCUGGUGGCCCCGGAGCUCAGCGAGCCGGGAAGGUGACCUCCGACGGCUUCCCCCGAACCGCCCGCGUCUCUUUGGCUCCUUCUUCUUCUUUUUCUCGCUGCGUGCCUUCACUUUUUUUUUUUUUUUUUGUCGGGCGACCUUGCAGAUUUUGCCAGCAGCACCUCGGCGCUCCCCGCUGCGUCUGUUACGCUUCACACUCGAGCUCCCAGAAAAAUGCAAACUGUGGCGAGCUUUGGACAAAAGGCCGUUUUGAUGGAGGAUGAAAAGACGGUGCGACUUUUAACCGAGGGGGGAAAAAAAAGGCCGAGAUGGAAACGAGUGGACGGAGGAGGGGGAAGUCUGUUCAGCCUGAAAUCUGUUUUCAGCAAGAAAAAAGGGACAGUUCACCUCAAAAUCAAACCUAUAGUGCUUUUAUCCAUCUAGACAGUUCUGGUGUGAGUUUCAGCCUUCUCUCAAAUACAACUGAACUAACACUUCACAUUAAUAACAAACACGUUUUUCACAAUAAAAGUCCUCUGUUACUGGGUUAUUUUAAAGAUGUUUGCAUGAAGCAGAAAUAAUCAGGAAGUGUUGGAUUUUCACAGUCAACACAACGACCAGAAACAGGUGAAAAUGACCUUGAUGAAACUGUAAAACACAUCAGAUAUCUGAAGGUACAAACAGCGACCAGGAGAGGAACUGAACUACAGACCGCAAAAAUUCAAAUUGGAAGCUACAAAAAUACUGAAAGAUGAAAAAAGAACAUCUCUCUCUCUGGACUGCUGCACGGUCACACGGUUAAAAAGCAAAUCAGCCCAACUCGUUCUGGUUUCAUCUCUAAAACUCUGCAACUCACACCGAAACAAUCCAGACGGAUGAAACAGCUCAGAGGAAAAAUAUGUGUUGUUGAUUUUGUUAAGGUGAGCUGUCAAACGAGGGUCGGGGGAAACAUGGCAGCUGCAGGAAAUCAGGACAGGAAACAGAUUUUUAGCAGCCAGAUAUUUGGCUUCAGGAGAAAGUGGAGGAGAAGCGAAUGAGAAUAAACGGUUCUGCCACUCGAUGACUCGGAGACAAGAACCACAUCUGUGCCGGAGAAAUCAGAGAGAGACGCUUUGGUUUUGAUAUUUUAGUUCCAUUCAGAGACAAUUAUCCAGAUAACACGCGCUGAUGGACGGAGCUGAACUUCUGAGGUGAAACAAAAUCCCACAGAGACGAUUUUUUCUUGUCGAGCUCGUCUUUCACCGCCGGUCCAGCUGUGACGAGGAAUUAGCCCGACGCCACACGCCGUCACAUCGCCUCUGUCGCCCCGUCUGAGCGACUGUUCUUGUGUUUUUUUUUUUCUUUUUUGAUUCGUCCCUGUGACUUCGACCCGUUCUCUAACAGGAACACGCGUGUGACGGUUCAAAGACGAGCGAUAUCUACCUCUCCGCAGGACGACGCCACAGCUGCGCCGCUUUGAAGUGCGACAGAGUUGUGAAUUGACAGAAGGCCGUCGCCGCGCUGCAGACAAGCUUCCCCUCCAAACUCCCCAAGUUUCCAACAUUUGUAUUUAUUCUGGUCUGUGAGGAGGGAGGCGUUCAGUCUGAGGCGGCUCGUCCUACAUAUUCAGUGUCUAAAAGUUGUGAAGCAGAGCAGGUGUGUGUGUGUGUGUGUGUGUGUGUGUGUGUGUGUGUAAAUAUCUGCAUCAUAUUUCAGAUUAUUUAACUUUAUCUCCAAUAUCUUCAAUCAAAUCUAUUUAAUUUUCAGCUUUCAGAAGACAUUAUCUUGUCUGUGUGCCAAACACCUAAUUAAAAUGUUUAUUUCUCUGUGAA